UGCGCGGCUGCGGAUCAUCAUCCUCAGCCAAAGGAAGGCGAGGAAGAGGAAGACAACACCUCUUUGGAGAAAGGAGGAACAAGUCCUGCCUGCCAGCCAUCUGCAGCCCAGAGAGGGGGGAUCAGCAAGGCCCUGGGCGCGAAGACCAGCUGCCCUUUCAGAGGUCUUAGGGCACAGCUGCUGCUGUUGCUGCUCCUCCUGCUCUAUGCUGAGAAGAGGCUCCAAGGCUGAUUCUGGGAACUUUUUCAAGACCUGCCCGAGACAGAGAGCGAAUCGCAUUCACAAAGCCUUUCGCUAACCAGGACCUAAGAAUUGUUCUGCCCUCCUCAGUUACACGUAAUAACGUUACUGUUUGUGUUUUGGAUUGCCCAGCUAUUCCCAUCAGGAAUAAUCAAGGGCACUGUGGAGCUCAGUGUGUGAGCAGAGCUUCGGAAGAGUGGAGGAUGAAGCUUUGAGCGCUCCCGUUGAACCCUUGAUAUCUGAAGUUGGGACCUCUAACACGGGGAAGAAGGUUACAAAUACAUCUAAGAAAAUAAGUGGCUCGGGCUGACGGCACUGCUAUGGUAGUGGUUGAUUUUGGUGUCGACAACUGAAUAGAAAUCAGGGAAUGACCCUUCUCAGGUAUUUUUCAGGGUAAACAUUUCCAGGAGCCCCAUCAAUUAUAUAUAUGGACAACAUGCUAAUGGACGAAGCUCCAUCAGGAGAUGGGACUCCCAUCUUCCUGAGUGUCCUUGGAUUUCAAGAUACUCCACGCAAUGACACAGAAGAGCAGUGCUUCCGCUCCCACGCCCGUAGCACUGUCCUCCAAGGGUUGCCAUUUGGUGGUGUCCCCACAGUGCUUGCCCUCAACUUCAUUCUCUGGAUGUUCCUUCUCCUGGUCUUCUCCUGCCUUCGAAAAGCAGCUUGGGAUUAUGGGCGCCUGGCCUUGCUGAUGGAUAAUGACAGCCUGACAUCACUCUUCUAUGGAGAGCAAAGUGAAAAGGAAAAAUCCCCAUCAGAGACCAGCCCGCUGGAUGCUGAUAACAAAGAUGUGGGUUUCUGCUCCUGGCUGCUUUUGAUCUAUCAGAUGAAGGAUGAAGAGAUUCAAAGCAAGUGUGGAAUUGAUGCUACCACCUACCUCUCCUUCCAGCGGCAUGUACUAGUGCUGCUCAUGAUCAUCUGUGUGCUCUCCAUAGCUGUCAUCCUCCCUGUCAAUUUCUCUGGUGACCUCCUGGGUAUGGAACCUGCUAAUUUUGGCCGAACCACAAUUGCAAAUGUCCCCAAACAAGACCGUCUCUUGUGGUUGCACAGCAUCUUUGCUCUCCUCUAUUUCAUCAUCACUGUUCUCUGCAUGGCUCAUCACUCCAUCCAGCUAGAAUACAAAGAGAAUGAGAAGGUGGCCCGAACACUGAUGGUUACAAGGAUUCCCAAAGAAAUCACUGAUCCGUCCCUUGUCAUCAAACACUUCCAUGAGGCCUAUCCAAGCUGCACCGUAACCAGUGUCCAGUUCUGCUCUGAUGUUCGCAAACUGAUGAAGUUGGAUUCAGAGAGGCGCAAAGCAAUGAAGGGAAGGCUUUACUUUACCACCAAGGCUCAAAAGGAAGGGAAAAUCAUGAUUAAGAUCCAUCCAUGUUCCCGCAUCUUCUGUUGCCGUGUUUGUGGCUUUGAAGAGGUGGAUGCUGAGCAAUACUAUGGAGAGCUGGAGGAGAAGCUGACUGAUGAGUUUAAUGCUGAACGCAGCCGGAUUGCACUCAAGCGCCUCGACAUGGCAUUUGUCACAUUCCAGGAUGAAAGGAUGACAGCCGCGAUUUUGAAGGAUUACAACCGCAUAUAUUGCCGCAAACAUCCACAGCAAUCAUCUGUUACCACAGUGGUGAAGUCCCACUGCUGGGGAGUUAGCUAUGCUCCUGCCCCCAAUGAUAUCAUCUGGGAGAAUUUAUCUGUCCGUGGUGCUUCGUGGUGGGUGCGAUUUGUCCUGCUCAACAUCUGCCUCUUCAUCCUCCUCUUCUUCCUCACCACACCUGCCAUCAUUGUCAACACCAUGGACAUGUUCAACGUUACACAGCCUGUGGAGAGCCUCAAGAAUCCGAUUGUCACCCAGUUCUUUCCCACACUAUUGCUCUGGGCCUUUUCUGUGUUCCUUCCUUUCAUAGUGUACUAUUCAGCUUUCUUUGAGUCACACUGGACAAGGUCAAAUGAAAAUCAGAUUACAAUGCACAAGUGCUACUUCUUCCUGGUAUUUAUGGUUAUCAUCUUGCCAUCACUUGGACUGACCAGUUUGGAUCUCUUCUUCCGUUGGCUCUUUGACACUCACUUUGUAGAUCAGGCAGAUAUAAAAUUUCAGUGUGUUUUCCUCCCUGAUAAUGGUGCUUUCUUUGUCAACUACGUCGUCACUUCCAGUCUGAUAGGGACAGCCAUGGAGCUUCUGCGGAUCCCUGGACUCAUUGUCUAUGCUACACGGCUCUGCUUUGCUAAGUCUGAACCAGAGAGGCUCCAUAUAAAACGGAAUCAAGCUUAUGAGUUCCAAUUUGGACUGGAGUAUGCCUGGACCUGCUGCAUAUUUGCUGUUGUCAUGACUUAUAGCAUCACUUGCCCCAUUAUUGUCCCCUUUGGUUUGCUGUACAUGCUGCUGAAGCACAUGGUUGACCGCUACAACAUUUAUUAUGUAUACAUUCCCACGAAGCUAAACCAGCGCAUCCAUUCUGCAGCCGUCAGCCAAGUGGUGGUGGCUCCCAUCCUCUGCAUGUUCUGGCUGCUCUUCUUCUCCAUCCUCCGUUUAGGCUCUGACCACCCCAUCACCAUCUUCACCUGUGCAGUCCUUCUUUCUUGCAUCUUUUGUUCCAUCUUUGGCAUGUGUCUGAAGAAACUGCAUCCAAGGAAGCCUUCCAGUUACCAGAUGUCUGAACAGUCUGAAGGAGCUUUCAUUGAUACAGAAAGGAGCAGCAUAUCUUCAACCCCCAAUUCAAAUAUGUUUGUAGCUGCUGUACUUCAAGAACCUGAACUGAGCCUCACGCCAGCAGCCUCUCCGGCUCACCAGUCCUAUGGUACUAUGGGCAGCCGUCUGGAGCAAGCAGAGAAUCUGGAGGAGGGUGGCCUGCAGAGUUUUGAAACAGAGCUGGAAAGCACAGAGGGCCUGUGUUACGUUCUUGAUUGCCAGAAGAGUUGCUCAUGUUCAGAAGUUGCUGGCUUUUGAUCCAAAUGAGGUAGACAUUUCUGGUUUUGAGAGGGACGCAAGGAGGAAAGAGGUUAUAUUGAACCUGAAGCCAUAACUAGAUGGGAGAGUGCUGGGUUUGUGUGUGUAAGUCCAGAUCUGCUGCAGUCACAGAAAAACUAGGUGAGGGGAGACUUUUAUAAUAAAAGGGGGAUGUGGGUGAAGGAAUUAAAUCCUCUCCAUUGUGUGUCAAGGUGGGCAUGAGACAGGCAUCAGUCUAUGGAAGAAACAUUUUACUCAUGUUACGCUCAUGCCAUUUUGUCUACACGGUUGGUUUCUUUCUAUAUCACAGAUGUGGAACCUGUAUGACUACAAGGCACAUCACCCUAGCUAGUAUAGCCAAUGUUUGGCAGUGGUGUGAACUGUAAUACAUAACAACAUUUGGAGAGGUACAAGUGGCAGAUCCAUCUUUGAACACAUGGCUGGACUACAAUCCCAUCUAUUUUGGCACUUGUUUGACAGCUGAGGCAGGCAGAAAUGAGGUUCUGCCCUUAAGUGAUCAUAACCCUUUGUACUUCAGCAUGUUCAAAAUUACCAACUUCCAGGCUGCAUGACACCGCACACCCAAAUCCCAUUAUAUUACUCAACCAAUCAUCUACUAAAAGAGCAUUGCAAUGAUAGGUGUAGUGAUCAGAAUUACUUUAAACUUAUGCAUGGGAAUUAACUCUUGUUUUGCUUAGAAUCUGCUUCUGUAAAACAGGACAUAAUUACAUAAUAUCCUGGAUCAUUAAUUAUUUAUCUCUCAUUCACCCUGCUGAACAUUUCCUGGGACUGAGGUGGUCAGGGUGGGUCUCUAUUGCUAGUAUUCUAAUGCCUGUAACAGACUGACUUGAAAACUACUGGUGAAUAGGCAAUGCCACUGUAAAUGAGAAGGGGUGCCAUUAGAGAAGUGCCACCUUCUUUUUCUAGCACAGCCCCUCUGCUUUGUAUAAAGCCUCUCAUUCAGCAAGCUAAACUUUCCUAACCUGUAAGUAAAGCUUGCAAACAUUGACUGGUAUCCUGUUAGUCAUGUCAUUCCAAGUUGGACUUACGACAUCAUAAAUGUUUUAUAUUCUCAUUUGCAAUCAUGGCCCUGUUACCAUGACCACAAACCACCCUGAAACCCACUUUAAAAAUCAUCCAUCCAGGGCAGUAGAUGUCUAUGCAGCUGCUGCUGUGGGGUGGUGCAAGGUGAUAUGACCAUUCUGCUCCUGCCAGCAAGCAGUGCUCCAGAGAAGAGAAGCGGGGAUUCCAGUAGGGACCUCUUGCAAUUCUUCAUCUCAGCCUCUCACUGGUGGGAGGCAGCUGAUCAUGCCAUUCUGCAACACCCCAGUUAGCAGCUGCAGACUUUCAUCACUCCAAGUGGCUGAUCAGCUUUUAAGGUGGGUUUUCAGCAAUCAGAUGCAGUGUUAAAGCUGCAAUUUUGUGGCUACAUGCUUGAUUCAUGGUCUUGGCUAUUAUUAUUGUUUUCAUUAUUUUACCUUCCAAAAUACUGCACAUUGUAUGGACACUGGCCAUGCUGUAGGGAUUCUGGGAAUUAUAGUUCUGAAAGUUUUUUCUCCAAGCUUUAGCUUUAGGUGCUAUAACUAUGGAACGUUUUCCACAAACAACUAUGUUCCUUUGAUAGAAAAAGGUUGCUUGUUAGAUUUCUGCCUGUCAUGCAACUGUUCAAAGCUAAGAGAUUUACUUGUUGUUUGUUUUUAAAGUGGAAACCAUAUCUUCGUCUUCAAGGCCUGCUUUGCACAGGGGAGAUGUGAAAGGCUAAAAAUACAUAGAAAUUAGAGCUCAAUGCAAAGGAAAACAUAUUUUUAACUGAAUUUCACCUGCGAUUCAGUUAAUAGAUGCCACUGAAAGCUGCGGAAAUAGUUUUCAAACCAACAUGGUUAUAGAUCAGAAUAUUCAUGUGUAAUCUUAACAAGUUACUCUUUUGAGAAGAAUCCAGGAUGCAAGUCAUAAUGUGAAACCUCUUCUGAACUGGGGGAGAUUCAACAUGGAUGAAAUGAAAAAUUUGGGCCCAAAUAGACCAAAAUACAGCUGCCUCGGGUCACUUUGGAGGUAUGCUGCUUAAAUAAUGCAUGCAUCCUAAGAGGCCGGAAGCCGUG